AUGCCAGCCAAUUCCAGAGUCACACAGGGACCUCAGAACAAAGAUAAGGCUGAUACCACACUGGGGACGAGCUCGCAGACAGUCAGGUGGCUCCUUCUUUCUCAUGCUCUGUGCUUCUCCUUGCUGAAGGCCUCAGCCCACCUUGUGGAGCUUAACGACAUGUUUGGCCAGAUCCAGUCUCCUGGCUAUCCGGACUCCUAUCCAAGUGAUUCAGAGGUGACUUGGAAUAUCACUGUCCCAGAGGGAUUUCGAAUCAAGCUUUACUUCAUGCACUUCAACUUGGAAUCCUCCUACCUUUGUGAAUACGACUAUGUGAAGGUAGAAACUGAAGACCAGGUGUUGGCAACCUUCUGUGGCAGGGAGACCACAGACACAGAACAAACCCCUGGCCAGGAAGUGGUCCUCUCCCCCGGCUCCUUUAUGUCCAUCACUUUCCGGUCAGAUUUCUCCGAUGAAGAGCGAUUCACAGGAUUUGAUGCCCACUACAUGGCUGUGGACGUGGACGAGUGCACGGAGCGGGAGGAUGAGGAGCUGUCCUGUGACCACUACUGCCACAACUACAUCGGCGGCUACUACUGCUCCUGUCGCUUCGGAUACAUCCUCCACACAGACAACAGGACGUGCCGAGUGGAGUGCAGUGACAACCUCUUCACCCAGCGGACUGGCGUGAUCACCAGCCCUGACUUCCCCAACCCUUACCCCAAGAGCUCUGAAUGCCUCUACACCAUUGAGCUAGAGGAGGGUUUCAUGAUCAGCCUGCAGUUUGAGGACAUUUUCGACAUUGAGGACCAUCCUGAGGUGUCCUGCCCCUAUGACUACAUCAAGAUUAAAGCCGGUCCAAAAGUUCUGGGGCCCUUCUGUGGAGAGAAAGCCCCAGAACCCAUCAAUACCCAGAGCCACAGCGUACAGAUCCUAUUCCGCAGCGACAACUCGGGGGAGAACCGGGGCUGGAGGCUGUCGUACAGGGCAACAGGGAAUGAGUGCCCCAAGCUGCAGCCUCCUGUCCAUGGGAAAAUCGAACCCUUGCAAACCACGUAUUCAUUCAAAGACCAGGUGCUCAUCAGCUGUAACACAGGCUACAAAGUGCUGAAGGAUAACGUGGAGAUGGACACAUUCCAGAUGGAGUGUCUGAAGGACGGCACGUGGAGCAACAGGAUUCCCACCUGUAAAAUUGCGGACUGUGGCACCCCGGCAGAGCUGGAAAACGGAGUGGUCACCUUCUCUACCAGGAACAACCUCACCACAUACAAGUCUGAGAUCAGAUAUUCCUGCCAGAGGCCCUACUACAAGAUGCUACACAAUAUCACAGGUGUAUAUACCUGUUCUGCCCAAGGAGUCUGGAUGAAUGAAGUCCUGGGGAGAAGCCAGCCCACCUGCCUGCCAGUGUGCGGUCAGCCCUCGCGCUCGCUGCCAAACCUGGUCAAGCGGAUCAUCGGGGGCCGCAACGCCGAGCCCGGCCUCUUCCCGUGGCAGGCCCUGAUUGUGGUGGAGGACACCUCAAGGGUGCCCAAUGACAAGUGGUUUGGGAGCGGGGCCCUGCUCUCCGAGUCCUGGAUCCUCACGGCCGCCCACGUGCUGCGCUCCCAGCGCAGAGACAACACCGUGACACCGGUCUCCAAGGAGCACGUCACCGUCCACCUGGGCCUGCACGACGUGCGGGACAAAUCCGGGGCUGUCAACAGCUCGGCCGCCCGAGUGGUGCUGCACCCGGACUUCAACAUCCAGAGUUACAACCAUGACAUCGCCCUGGUGCAGCUGCGGGAGCCCGUGCCCCUGGGGCCCCACAUCCUCCCCGUCUGCCUGCCGCCGCCCGAGCCCGCAGGCCCGGCGCCCCACGUGCUGGGGCUGGUAGCCGGCUGGGGCAUCUCCAACCCGAACGUGACGGUGGACGAGAUCAUCGGCAGCGGGACACGGACCUUGUCAGACGUCCUGCAGUAUGUCAAGCUACCCGUGGUGCCCCACGCCGAGUGCAAGACCAGCUACGAGUCCCGGUCGGGCAACUACAGCGUCACCGAGAACAUGUUCUGCGCCGGCUACUACGAGGGCGGCAAGGACACGUGCCUAGGAGACAGCGGUGGCGCCUUUGUCAUCCUCGACGACGCCAGCCAGCGCUGGGUGGCUCAAGGCCUAGUGUCCUGGGGAGGCCCUGAAGAAUGUGGCAGCAAGCAAGUGUAUGGGGUCUACACCAAGGUCUCCAAUUACGUGGACUGGGUGUGGGAGCAGAUGGGUUCCCCGCAGGGCCUGGGGGAGCUGCAGGUGGAGCGGGAAAGAUUGUGUGGGACCCCCACGUUCCCCCGGAAUCUGUUGGCCAGGAUCAUUAACGGACGCCCUGUCCAGAAGGGCACCACCCCCUGGACUGCUAUGUUGUCACACCCGGACGGGCAGCCCUUCUGCGGGGGCUCCCUGCUAGGCUCCAAAUGGAUUGUGACUGCGGCUCACUGCCUCCAUGAAGUGCUGGAUUCAGAGGACGUAACUCUUCAUCAUUUGGAGUUGCUCAGCCCCUCUGCCUUCAAAAUCAUCGUGGGCAAGCUUCGGAGGACCCAGUCAGAUGAGAAUGAACAGAGUCUCAGCGUCAAACAAGUCUUCCUCCAUCCCCUGUAUAACGCCAACACGUACGAGAAUGAUGUCGCUCUGGUGGAGCUGUCGAGGGGCCCGGUGCUCAAUGACUUUGUGAUGCCCAUCUGUCUACCCCAGGAGCCACUGGAGGAAGGCGCCAUGGUCAUCGUCAGUGGUUGGGGAAAGCAGUUCUUGCAAAGGUUCCCAGAGACCCUGAUGGAGAUCGAAAUCCCAAUUGUUGAUUACCACAUCUGUCGGGAGGCCUAUGCUCUACUGAAGAAAAAAGUGACCAGAGACAUGAUCUGUGCUGGGGAGAAGGAAGGGGGCAGGGAUGCCUGUGCGGGUGACUCUGGAGGGCCCAUGGUGACACUGGAUAGAAAGAGAGGCCAGUGGUACCUGGUGGGCACAGUGUCCUGGGGCGUGGACUGCGGAAAGAAGGACCGCUACGGAGUGUAUUCGGACAUCUUCCACAACAAGGCCUGGAUCCAGACGGUCACCGGCGUGAGCAAUUGA